UUUUCAUAUUAUUUUUUUUUUCCUUUUGGCCUCCACACUCUUUUUCCUGUCUUUUUUUUCUACUUUACCCGUUUGGAUAUGCUUAUUUUACGGCACAACGAGUUAUCUGCCGAUGAUCUAUUUCUCAUUGAGCGAAAAAUGGUCAAGUUGGCUGAUCCCGAACAACCCUUUGACUGGUCACUGCAUGACGAUCUUUUAAGUAAAUCGCGUCCGGAAGUGUAUGGUUCCAUUAUCGGGCUAUUAAAACGAACCGGGUUUUGCUCUUCGUUGGGUAUCACGACGUCCGAAUUUCUCGACUUUUUGAUCGACGUAGAUCAUGGCUAUGAGGAUAACCCUUACCACUCGUUCUAUCAUGCUGCGGAUGUCGCCAUGGUUUUAUACCAUAUGUUAAAGGAUUAUGAUGUUUCCGAUUACUUGUCAAGCAUCGAUAUGGCAGCUUUGAUGAUUGCCGCCUUGUGUCACGACAUAGGCCAUCCCGGAAUGAAUAAUAACUAUCAAGUCAAUAUGAACACUGAACUUUCACAGCGCUACCAUAAUCUUUCUGUUCUCGAAAGCUAUUCAUGCUCUAUUGCGAUGGAUCUGUUGACCAAGCACCAACUUUUAUAUAACGUCGAAGAAAUCGGCAAGGAGCAUGGCAUACCCACCAGCGAAGAGAAAAUACGCAAAUUCAUUGUCAAGGCCAUACUCGCUACGGAUAUGAUUUGUCAUUAUCAAUUGCAAGCCAACCUCAACGGACUGUUGGAAUUCAUAUCCGCGGAAGAUUCCCAUAAAGUCUUGCCAACCGUCACUGAUCUUUUCUCGACCCGGGGUCAAGAUUCUCCCUUGAUUUACUUUGAAGAGCACUAUUUCUCCGAAUCUUCGACAUGCUGUUCCCGGUCUCGCCCCAAGAGUGCAUGCGAAUUUCUCCCGGCAGAAGAAACUGUCGAAUCGGCGGCAUUUGUAUCACCAAAAUACCCCUUGACAGAAGGCCAGCGUCAAGCAUUAUGUGAAAUUUUACUGCAUGCUGCGGACAUCAGCAAUGCGGUGCGACCGUGGGACAUAUGCCUAAAAUGGUCCAAUCUCGUCUGCAUCGAGUUUUUUCGUCAAGGUGAAGCCGAGAAGCAGGCUGGAUUGCCCGUCUCCCCAAACAUGGAUCGCCAUCAGGUCAAUCAGGCCACCAUUGGUGCCCAGUUUAGCGAUUUCAUUGUGAGACCUUAUUUCGAGUUAUUUGUUUCGUUAUUUCCGAAAGCCAAAGAGCUACUUGUCAACUUGCAGGACAACCGGAAACGAUGGGCUAUGGAAGGAUCCGAUGCAGAAGAAGAGGAAGACGAGAGUGGAGAGGAGAUCGAAGUGCCGUCAACGCAUGAUGAGGAAAAAAGAUUGGGCGACCAUCCACCAUUCCUCGGGUUUCCCACUGCAGCCUUCAAUCCAGGUCGUCGUUUGAGUGCGGCCGCAGGCACCAUUGUACUUCCUUCGCGCGCCUCGAGACGUCCUUUUAUCAACAUGCGCAGCUCAAGUCACAGCAGUCUCGAGAAAUGGGGCAACUUGUCCAGUAACAACGAAGAAAGUGUCGAAGUGAAAAAUCGCCGUAAAAGUGAACAAGACGAGUUUUACAGGAACUCCACCUCUUCUAUAGAAUCCUCUCCCCCACGCCGCGUGGUAAAUAACCUCUUUGUAUCCUAAUCUCCUUUUCUCCUGUAUCUCGUAGCCGCUUGGCGAGAGCUGUAUAUUGUUUUAUCUUCAACACAUCAUUAUGUAUAUAUAUAUAACUAUAUAGAAUCUAUAGACUCCCAAAUACAUCCCAGCUUAUGCAAAUACUUAUUCUUUUUUUUUUUUGAACCAUUAAG